AUGGGUCCACAUGCCUUUCUAGAGUUAUGUGCAAAAUUAAGGGCAACCGGUCAUGUGAAGGAUACUAUACAUGUCACAGUUGAGGAGCAAGUAACUAGAUUCUUAUAUAUUAUAGGUCAUAAUGUUAAAAAUAGAACCAUUUCAUUCUUCUUCCACCGGUCUGGAGAGACAAUCAGUCGUAAUUUUCAUGCUGUUCUAAGAGCUGUAAUCUCACUUGAAGAAGAGUUUCUUCAGCAAUCUUCCGGAACAACCAUUCCCUCAGAGAUUCUUCGAAGCAAUAGAUUUUAUCCAUAUUUUAAGGACUGUGUUGGAGCCAUUGAUGGAACACAUGUCAGAGUCAAGGUUCCAAUAGCUGAUCAACCUAGAUUUCGUGGAAGAAAAGAAUGGCCAACUCAUAAUGUACUUGCUGCGUGUGGCUUUGAUAUGAGAUUCACAUAUGCUUUAGCAGGAUGGGAAGGCACUGCAUCUGACUCUAAAGUUCUUAAAAGUGUACUAUCAAGGGAUGAUAGGCUCAAAAUUUCAAGAGGCAAAUUUUAUCUUGGGGAUGCUGGAUUCAUGCUUAAACAUGCUCUAAUAACUCCAUAUCGAGGCAUACGAUACCAUUUAAAAGAGUUUGAUGGACGUGGUACAGAACCUUAUUAUGACGUAGAGGUUAUGGUUGACAUUGUCCUAGCAUGCAUUAUACUCCACAAAUUUUUAAUGGGUGUAGAUCCUGACCAUCACUUAAUUUCUCAAGUGGAUCAAGAAUUACAAAAUAAUAAUCCAGAAGCCACUAAUGAGGAAAGAGAAGAAGUAAAUGAAGAUUACAGGCGAGGUGUAGUGCUUAGGGAUAACAUGGCGGCUCAAAUGUGGACAGACUAUCAAAUUGAAAGAUGA